GUUUAUCCCGAAGGGACACAUAUAAUGAUUCCUUGGUUAGAAAGGCAUAUUGUUUAUGACAUCCGUUCACGCCCCCAUUUUAUUGAUAGUACCUCGGGAAGUUAUGAUCUUCAAAUGGUUAACAUAGGACUUCGGGUCCUUUUCCGUCCAGUAGCUGAUGAAUUGCCAAGAAUUCACAGGCAUCUUGGAAAGGAUUAUGAGGAAAGAGUGUUGCCUUCCAUUAUUCAUGAAACUCUUAAAGCAGUGAUUGCUCAGUACAAUGCAAGUCAGCUCAUCACUCAAAGAGAGAGUGUAAGUAGGGAAAUACGGAAGAUAUUAACUGAGAGAGCAUCAAAUUUCUUCAUAGAGGUUGAUGAUGUGUCGAUAACAGGCCUGACUUUUGGAAAAGAGUUUACAGACUCAAUCGAAGGAAAACAAAUUGCUCAACAGGAUGCCGAGAGGAGUAAGUUUAUUGUAGAGAAAGCUGAGCAAGACAAACAAAGUGCUAUUAUCAAAGCUCAGGGUGAAGCAAAAAGUGCCCAACUGAUUGGUGAGGCGGUUUCUAAUAAUCAAGCAUUCAUAGCACUGAGGCACAUUGAAGCAUCAAAAGAGACAGCGCAAUCAAUGUCUAAUGCGGAGAACCAUGUGUAUUUAUCUUCGGAUAAUCUCUUAAUCGACCUUAAGAGUUUAGAUGUAGGAGUAGCCAAAAAGAAGUGA